AUAGCCUUACUGUUUGGGAAUGUGCGUUCUUGGAUGCAGCGCGCGACACCCUGUUCAGAAAAAGACGAAGAAAAAGAUUAUYUCUGUUUGAAAUGAGCUCCGCGCAGAGGAAACGAACAUGAAGCUAUUUGAGUUUGUUUUCAACACGCCGGGUACUUACAGCUUCUGAGUGAGAGAAGGUCUCAGACGAACAGCACGAGGAGACAGGACGGAGGACAUUGCGUCAUCCGCACGAGAACUGAAGGACAUGGCACUGUGCGGAGCCAAGGCGCUGCAUCUCCUGGGGCCCAACGUGUACUCAGAGGCCCCCGAUGGAGGCUGGGGUUGGGUGGUGGCUGUUGCUUUUUUCAUUGUGGAGAUCUUCACGUACGGCACCAUCAAGAGCUUCGGCAUCUUCCUCCAGGACGUGAUGGAGGAGUUUMACGAGACCAACAGUCGGGUCUCUUGGGUCGUUUCCAUUUGUGUGUUUGUCAUGACUUUCAAUGGUCCUCUCUCCUCGGUGGUAACUAACCGUUGUGGCUUUCGGUUUACUGUUAUGAUUGGAGGGCUGCUUAUUUCCACCGGCACCCUUGCGACCAGCUUUACAAGCUCCGUCAAUCAAAUAUACAUCACAUAUGGAUUAGUUGCAGGUCUGGGCUACUGUCUGACCUUCCUGCCCACUGUGACCAUCCUUUCACAGUACUUCACGCGUCGGCGGUCUCUGGUCACUGCUGUGGCCUCCACUGGGGAGUCCUUUGCAAUGUUUGCCCUGGCUCCAGCAUUUUCUGCAUUGAGAGACAUUAUUGGCUGGCGACACACUAUGGCAGUGAUUGGAGCUCUGCAAAGCACCGUCAUUGUGUGUGGCGUACUGCUUCGACCCAUCGUCAUCCAGCCCAGGGCGACCCACAGCACAGAGACUGACACAUUGUCUCCCAAAGAGCUGGAAGUCCUCAGGUCCCAGGAAAAAGUCGCAAGUGUAAACCUGGACAACUUUGUGACAAAAAAUAAUGAGCUAACUGAAGGGUCUGUGAGUGCUGCAGACUUAGGAGUUCAGUCACAAAAAGACCUUAACACAUUAGAGCAGAAUAGUUUGUUGCACAAAGAAGCAAAGUUAUACACAGAGUCCAAAUGUCUGGAAAAAAGUCAGGUAGGAUUGAAAGAAUCAGAGGUAAGCAGAGAUGCAGCAAAGCAAGUGGAGAAAAGAGAAGCGACUAAAUCAGUAGAAAAGAAUCCUCCCCUCCUGGACUUCUCCGUCCUCAGAGAGUGCAGCUUCAUCUUCUACUCUCUGUUUGGACUCUUCGCCACUCUGGGCUUCUUYGCCCCUCCGCUCUACAUCAUUGAGCUGGCCGUGAGUCGGGGCGUGGAGCGGGAAAAAGCCACCUACAUGCUCUCCAUCAUGGCCGUGGCUGAAAUCCCCGGCCGGUUCGCCAUCGGGUGGGUGCUGACGCGGGACGUGUUCAGGAGGAGGAAGCCCCUGGUGCUCCUGGUGUGUGUUGUCGUUAUGACCGUGGAUCUGGUGGGAUUUACRUUGGUGACAGAGUUCUGGGGCCUGGCUGUAUGUUGUGGACUGUAUGGGUUCUUUAUGGGGACCUUGGCGUGCACCCACAUCCCCAUGCUGGCUGAGGAUGAUGUGGUGGGCAUAGAGAGGAUGUCUUCAGCUGCUGGGGUCUAUGUGUUCAUCCAGAGCUUUGCUGGACUGGCUGGACCACCACUUGGAGGGGUGCUGGUUGAUGUGACCCAGAACUACGGAGCAGCCUUCUACUCGUGUGCGGUUGGCAUGGGACUGAGCGCCAUGUUCCUGGGCUUGGUAAAACCCGCUAAAAAAGGAUUAUUCUGUCGAAGGAGGCACGCGAAACAUUCUGUGGACAAACGUGAAAGGGACUCCGGAUGCAAGGACGCGAGUGGAGAGCAGMUAUCAGAAAACAGAACUGAUAAACUGAACAGCUGCUGAGUCGGGAGAAAAACUGGAAAUCCAUCAUCACAUAUAUGAGAGCAAACACUUACAUUGUGCCUUAAUUACACGAUAAACCCAACAGUGUUUCUGCUAGAACCACUUUUGCAAUAAUUAAAAGGGAUGUUUUUUUGUGUUUUUA